UGGCGCUCCUGACAAAGGAGGAGCUUCUAUAAUAAACUUGUUACUGCUGUCUGCGGUCAUAUUAUAACCCUGCAUCAUGAAGGUGCGUUCAUGUGACAGCCGCUCAUCCCCGUCCUCGGGCAGGACUGCACCCAGGUGCAGACACAGGGAGUAAAUACUAGGCAUGGGGAACAAAAAGAGGAAGGACACCAGCUGAGCCCCUAACAGCUCUACAUCUACAGCCUGCUGCCUGCAAUAAACCAGAAAAAUAGAAAUGGCUCAAUCCGUCAGAAGACCGGAUACUUUAGGAGCCGCAAACCUCAAACCUCAAGGGGAUAAGACCAGGACCGGCUACUUCUGCAAUGUGAAGAGCAGGUUAGGGUCCAAGCUGCCUGCUGGUGUCUCUCAGCCUCCACAGUUUGCAAAGCCUCCCUGGGAGACCCGACCUCAAUCCCAGAUGAUGCAGAAAGCCGCAGCCAGCGUACAGUAUAAGAAUGAGCCCAUUGUGAGCAGACCUCUCGACCACAUCCCCCACAUCAGAAACCCUAAGCUGCGGCAGUACUACCUGCAAGGGACUGCAUGGGAGCUAAACAACGCUGUGGGGACUAAAGAGCAUGUUGGUGGACCACCAGAUGGCAGCACAGGCAGCACUGGUCUUCCCGGAGACACAGUGUUCAGCGUUUCAUCCCAGUUCAACAGUAAUGCUGAACCCUCAGCUGAAGAGAGCAAAACAGUCGACCUGUUCUCCGUAACACGACCCAGCUCUGAUACCCUCAUAGUGAAAGAGCAGCUGGUCUCGAAGAGAAAGGACACUUCUGUCAGUAGAAAAUCAUCUAACCCACAACUGGACUCAGACUCCGGGCUGAAUAAAAAGAAGGAGGCAGAUGCAGAUCAAGACUGUUUGGAUUCUCUCACUGCUCAGCCUCAGUCCCCCUCACCGGAGGCAGAAUAUGACAAGCUACUGGAUGUGGAGGCCGUGCCGCUGCCAGACGGACACCUCUGCUUGUUGGCUCUGCCUCCUGAGUGCUGUCAGGGCGAGCGCCCAGAGGCCAUGCUGUACCUCAAACUGUUCUGCCGCUACAUCACCGACGGAAAGGGUGUGGUUUCUGGCAUCCUGCUGGUGACGUCCAAUAAAAUCUUCUUUGACCCGUUUAAGACCCAUCCUCUGGUGAUGGAGCAUGGCUUCGAGGACUACCUUUUGUCUUGCACUGUUGACAGUCUGGUUUCUGUCUCCUUUUUCCCUGACAUUUCGCACAUUCACUUCAACACCUCCCAGCAGAGAAGGAGGCGAAAAGAAAAGAAACUUUUUCAGAAGCUCAAAAUCACCAAAGGUCAAGCAGGCAGCCUCCAAAGCAAAAAGCAGGAGGAGUCUCCCCCAGUUCCAUCAGUGAUGCCCAGUUCCAUCCUGAGCCUAACUAAGGAGGUUUCAGAGGAGGACGAGGAGAGCAGAGAUAUGGCCGAUGUGGAGGGGGGGCUGGAGAGCAGCUCUCUUGAGGUGCUGCCUGAGGAUCCUGUGGGCGGUUUGGCUGUCCUGAGCAAUGCCACCACCUUCUGCUGUGGCAGUCCAGAGGUGGAGCAGCCAGACAUGGAGAAAUCUUCUGUGAAGAGUCAGACUGCAGUUCCUCAAAGACCGUCAGUGGGAAGUCUUGGGGAUUUGAUGUUUGUGCGACUGCGGGCUCAGUCAUCUGCAGGAAAGACGAAGCCUAACCCAUCAAAAACUUUACCCAGAAGGGACACCUGGUUGGCCCUGACACAAGAAAGCUCCGAGGAGCUGCGCUUUUAUCUGAAGCUUCGACGGCCAGACCUGUAUAUAUUGGAGGGGGAGGAGGAGGGGGAGACCGAUCAUGAUGAGGAGGAGUUUGUUCUCAUUGAGGAUAGAGGACAAGAGGGAGAAGAGGAUGAAGAGAUGUUUCAGGCACUCCGCGGCUCAGGGGACGACUGGGAGAUGGUGUUGAUGGAAGAGAAUAAAGACAAGCCACUCAUGGUAAUCGACAGGGAACCCGAAGGAAUUAGUAACAUCAUCGACAACAGCCAUAUUCUGGAGGCUUCGCAUGUCAGAGAGCUGUGUAAGGAGCUUCCCCCCAGGACGGUGGGCCAGACGUGGCAGCUGGCUUACAGCACGUCCCGUCAUGGCGCCAGCCUCAAGUCUCUUUACAGGAAACUCAGCAACACUGACUCUCCUGUGCUGAUUGUCAUAAAGGAUGCACUAGAUGAGCUUUUCGGAGCCUUUCUCUCUGAUCCUCUGAGACCCAGUGAGAAUUUCUAUGGUACAGGAGAAACCUUCCUCUUCAUGUUGCAUCCUCGUUUUAAGUGCUUCAGGUGGACGGGAGAGAACUCCUUUUUUAUUAAAGGAGACUUGGACUGCUUCGCUGUUGGCGGUGGAAGUGGUCACUUUGGGCUGUGGGUCGAUGAGAACCUGUACCUGGGGCGCAGCAGUCCGUGCUACACCUUCAACAACUGCUGCCUCUCUGAAACCGAUGAUUUCCGCAUCAUGGAGCUGGAGGUGUGGACAUUUAGCUGAGGAGACUGCUGGUCACUGAAAAGUAGAAGCUGCUCGUCUAUCCCAAUCACAUCCAUAUCUUUUAUCAAACUAGAGUCAUGUGCUGUGGACUCUUUCCCUGAGUGGGGUUCAGAUGGUCGACUGUUGUAAAUGUCCGACCCAUUCCUGUGGGUUUGGCAGCCAAACUGAGCGCAGCUGAACUGGUACCAGACUAGAUUCUUUGAAUCCAUUGCAAGUGUCAGAGAAUGGACUUUGGUCUUAAUGUAAAUUAGCACCCUCACGUCAUUUUAUAAUUUAACAUAAAUAAAUACAAUCCUGUGCCUGCCAUCUUAAUGCAUGACUAAUCUUAAAAUAUGUUACUCUUCAGUUGACGCUGGAGGUAUAAAUGGCUUUUUCGUCCAUCUGGUAUGGUGCCUGAACACUGUAUUCCACCACUGAGGUCUCUCAACGUGAAGGAGAAGGUGUAGAAUGACUUACAUUAUGGCUGUAACUGUAAUAUACUGACUCUGAUUGACCAAUCUACCUGAUUUACAUCAAUCAGUACUGUGGAUUGAUUAAUUAAUGUGAAUUUGAAUGGUUGUAUAAUGGAUCUACAGGGCUGGCCAGAGGGUUGCAUCCACUCAUCUGUAUGGAUGUCAUAUGAAUUUGGGGCUUUUAAUAAUGUGUUUGAACUAUUCUUUUUUUUUUGAAUGCUGGAGUUAAUAUAGAGAAAACAAUUUGAAUGGCUUUUAAAAAACAGAAUUGGAUUCACUGGUUUGUGCCUAUUGUGACUUUUCUCUAAUCCAAACAAGCUCCACACUAAUAUUUUGUUAAACGUUCCUUAGCAAGCUGCAGAGAAACCACACACUUUUGUAGCCAUCAAUAAACUUCUGGCAUAAUUCUGCAUGGAUCCACUCCUCUUGGCAGAAAUGGUAGAGCUUCUUUAGAUGGUUGGUUUUCUGCCACAAACCUGGCUUUUAAACAUAGUCCAUAAACAAGGGUGAUCCCAGAAACUUAAUGUGAGUCUGCUUUGGUAACUCAAAAACAGUUUUGGAUCAAUUUCCAGUCAGAACAAUUCAUUCACCCUGUGCAAUAAACCAGAAAAACUAGCAGCAAAAUGCCCUCGGCAUGAUGCUGCCAUCACCAUGUUUGAAAAUGUGUGCGGUGUUUUUAGGUUUAAAGCCCUCAACAUGAAUCCUACAAACAUCUUUCUUCAAACUACUCAAUGUUUGUCUUGUCUAACCAUAAAAUGUUUCUCUUUGAGGCAUGUAGCUCGUCCGUGCGGCAGCUCCCGGUCAGGCUAAAAGGAGUCUUUUUUGGGGCGGGGUCUUCUGGCUUGGUCAGUGUACUUUCAGUCCAGGUUGAUGAGAAAAUUAACUUCCAUUUUACAACAGGUUUGAGCCCCAGUAAUUUCCAGGUUGGUCCUUAACAUCCAAACUACUUUUCCUUUCAUCUGAGGGGUACAGUUUGGGUCAUGUGGUGGAGACUUGGGCACUAUUGGGUGUUCCAUCAGUGCAAUGAUCCCAGACUGAAAUCAAAAGGGCUUUUGGGGGUGGAUGAACGAGGCUAACAUUAAGUUUUGAGAAUAGCCUCGACCUCAGCCUUGUGGAAAAAAUGUGGACUAUGCUUAGAGGUAUGGAUGCACAAUAUAUCUGCAUUAACAUCGUUAGUCAUUUUUUAACAUAUCUGUAUCGGCCCCACAAGUAAAACUGGUGAUGCAGCGCAGGAUUGUGGGCUAUUUAACUGAAGCAGAGAAGCAAUGUGAGCGGUGUGGUCAUUUUUUUUUAUGUUGUUGAACGGGUAGGGAAAUAUAAUUUAUAUAAUAUCGCUGAAUAUCAGUUAUCAGCCAUAAGAACAAGUUUUGUAUCGGUUCAUCCCUACUUAAAAGCAUGGUGUCAGGAAAUUAACCAUUUUAAAUGAACUCUACUCUUUGACAUUAAUGCAGAUGAAUAGUGGAUGCAGACUUCUGAACAGAACUGUUUCCAAGAUUGUUGCUGAGAAAGAAACACUCUUAUUUGUACAGAAAAAGUGUAUUUAUUAUGGAAAAAUUGCACAAAUGGGUCAGAGAAUAACUGUGUGGUUACUCCAAAGGCUUUGUGCAGCAAACAGAAAUGACUUGGUUAAAGUUCUUGAUUUUCUGGAAAGCUUGUGGUACCAGCUAUGAUUCUCUGCAUCUUGUUUUAUAUGUAAAUGUAAAUUAAGGACAUGAGGAACACACUGAAGCAUGAGAUAAAAAGUUUCUUGUCUAGGUACAGAUACUAUCAAGCUUGCUGUAUAAUCAGUAUAAUAUCUUUAUAGCUAAAACAUCAGUUUUGUCUCAUAUGUGUAAAUAUGAAGCAGGUGGAAAUUAAUCUAAUAAAUCAAAAACAAUG